GACAACAAUCGUCCGGUAGUUUCAGAGAUUAUCUGUCUGAAAAAAUCGACACAGACGGACGAAAACUGGAUAUUAUUUUUUCGUAUUGUAGUGGUAUUGACUAAUGACACAUCGCGAAAACAUGAAAGUAACCAGUCGCUUGAUGGACUUAUUACUUCCUUAGCUUAGGCACGGAAAGUAAAAAACCUCAGUAAAAUUCCACGAAAAUCAGAUAGCCGUGGUGACAACCAGGUAGCUAGAAAACAUAAAACAUGACUUUGAGGUUAGCGGCUAUUUAAUAGGAAUAUAUAAUGGAAACCAAACACUGGGAGGAUCAAUUCAAGAUUCAAAAAGAAGUUGAACACAUUCCAGACGUAACAGUUGAUAUAGAACUGUCCAUGAAUAAAUUAUUUCUCAAUGAACUGGUAGAAGACGAUGACGAUUCACUAAGAACACAGAAUAUUGUAGUGCCUCCUUUGAAUCCACUCACACUAUAUGCAAUCGCACUACAUAAACAUGCCAACAGUAUUUCAGAAAUGAUUACAUUAACUGAACACAACAAGAAUGCUGAAAAAGUCGUAUUAGAAAUGCCACAGUUCCACAAUCCAGCCGCUCAUAACACAAUGGCAAAUUUAAAUUUUUCUUCUCAAGAUUUUGAAAAUUUUAGCAAGGCAGAUGAAGUAGCGUUAUGUGAAUUGAGCAAAACCGUUGUACGCCAAAUUUUAACAAAAUCCAUUGCUACACUUUUUGCGCAUCUUGGAUAUGAAACUUGUCAACAAAGUGCACUUUAUGUGCUGAUCGAUGUAUUGCAAGAGUUUUUCAAAAAGGUCUGUCAACAUUUGAAUACGGCAACAAAAGAAGCUCAGGAUGCGUCAGAAUUUCCAAGUAUAAUCGAGAAAGUGCUAAUUGAAAUUGGCAUUGGUGGGGUCAAAGGUUUGAAUGAUUAUUAUCAGGCACGUGUUGUAAAAUAUGUAAAUGUUCUCGAAGACAGAUGCAAAGAUUUAACUGAAGAGUACCAGACACUACUAAUACCAAAGUCUCCAUCACCUGUAGAUAAAUUUAGCAAGGUGGUUAGAGUUAAGGUUGAAGAAGAAGACAUAAUUGAAGCGGAAAAUACAGAGGUACACUUUUCUACAAUAGAUGGAGACGUCAAUUUUUCAAUUCUUGAAACAGGGUAUCAGCUACUUAACAGUCUUGAAGCUGAAGCAAACUUACAUAGUAUGACAGAUGGCGUGGAAGAUAUUAGUGUAACUGCAUCUCCAGGAAUCGUACCAAUGACAGCCGACGAUUCAUGCAAUCUUUCGCCACAUAACAAGAAAAAGAAACUUAAAUAAAAAUCGACAUGUACCUGCAAUGGUUUUUUACCUGUGUACCUACUAAAUACAACAGUUAAUUUGUGCGUACUCAGUUUGCAAUUAUUUUAAAAAAAAGCGUACGACGGAGACGUAAUAAGUGAUCAGCUAUCUUAUAUAUGUUGUGUAGGUAGAAUAUUACUUCCAUGAAAGAUCCCUAAUGAAAAGUGUAAUUUAUUAUAUGUAUUUGAGUGCCUUAAAAAUUAAUGAAAAGAGUGGCGACACUGACAUGUCA